AUGAAGUAUUUCCGCUGUUUUUGGCCCAAUUGUCACUUCAAGACUAAAUUGAAAACAAGUUUAAGUGAACACCAAUUAAUUCAUACAAAUAUCAAACCAUUUAAAUGUGAUUUUAAUUAUUGUAAUAAAGUUUAUAAACUAAGAUCACAUUUAUUUCAUCACAAAAAUAUCGUUCAUUUAAAUAAAAGAAUUAAAUGUGAUUUCAAAGACUGUGACAAAACAUUUACAAACAAAUAUAAUUUAUUUCAACACAAAAGUUGUGUUCAUUUGAAAGAAAAGAGGUUUAAAUGUAAUGAAAAAAAUUGUGGCAAAAUGUUUGCUACAAAACAACAUUUAAUUAAACACAAACUCAUUCAUUCGGGAGAAAAGCCAUUUCGAUGCGACUACAAUGAUUGUAAUAAAGGUUUUAUACAAAUAUCAGAUUUAGUUAAACACAAAAGUUGUGUUCAUUUUAAGGAAAAGCUAUUCAAAUGUAAUGAAGAAAAUUGUGGCAAAGGUUUUGGUCGAAAAUCAACUCUAAUUUCACACAAAUUUCAACACUUGAAUGAAAAACCAUUUAAAUGUGAUUUUAAUGAAUGUAAUAAACGUUUUACAAAUAAAUCACAUUUGAAUCGACAUAAAAGUUAUGUUCAUUUGAAAGAAAAUAUUUCAGAUCUAAUUCGACACAAUGGCACACAUUUGGGAGAAAAACUAAUUGCCAACAUCUAUCACGCGUACCAUUUGGUUAAAAGCCAUGGCAUUCCUGACAGCAAUAUAAUUGUCAUGCAUUACGACGACAUCGCACACCACGACAGUAACCCUACGCCCGGUGUAGUCGUCAAUCAGCCCAACGGCACUAAUGUCUACGAAGGAGUGCCCAAACACUAUACGGGAGAGGAUGUCUCAGCCAAAAAUUUUCUACGUGUUAUAAAAGGCGACCCAUUAUUGGCAUUAAGCGGGAAGAAAGUGCUUCGCAGCGGACCACUGGAUAAUGUGUUUAUAUACUUCUCAGAUCAUGGCGGACAUGCCUUAGUUGCCUUUGCAAGCGAUUACUUAUACGCCAACGACUUGAACGACGCGUUGCAAUACAUGUAUCGCAGGAAAAUGUAUUCACGGCUUGUCUUCUAUAUGGAAGCGUGUUAUUCGGGUUCAAUGUUUGACCAAUUUUUACCAAAUAAUAUCAAUGUUUACGCUAACACUGCGGCCAACACAACUCAAUCAAGUUAUUCGCGUUAUUACGAUAGUUAUCGUAAAACUUGGCUUGGUGAUUCAUAUAGUUCGCACUGGAUGGAAAACAGCGAGGCCAGCAAUUUGGCCAAGGUGACACUUGAGGAUCAGUAUGUACUCGUUAAGAAUAUUACCACUACAUCUCAUGUUCAGCAAUAUGGUGAUAUGACAGAAAGUAAUCAACCACUAUCACUGUUCUUGGGCGUUUCAAAUGUGAUGAAAAAGAUUGUGGUAAAAGUUUUAGCGAAAAACAUGGUCUUAUUCAACACAGACGCGUUCAUUCGGGAGAAAAGCCAUUUGUUUGUGAUUUCAAUGAUUGCAAUAAAGAAAAGCGAUUCAAAUGUAAUGAAGAAAAGUGUGGCAAAAGAUUUGUAA